GGCGGCCGCUACGGUGCUGACAAGAUGGCGGCUGGCGGGGCUGUCGCUGUGGCGCCUGAGUGCCGGCUUCUCCCCUACGCGCUACACAAGUGGAGCUCCUUCUCCUCCACCUACCUUCCCGAGAACAUUUUAGUGGAUAAACCAAAUGACCAAUCUUCAAGGUGGUCUUCAGAGAGCAACUAUCCUCCCCAGUACUUGAUUCUGAAGCUUGAAAGGCCUGCUAUAGUCCAGAAUAUCACAUUUGGAAAAUAUGAAAAAACUCAUGUCUGCAAUUUGAAGAAAUUUAAAGUCUUUGGUGGAAUGAAUGAAGAAAAUAUGACAGAGCUGUUGUCCAGUGGCUUAAAGAAUGAUUAUAACAAAGAAACAUUCACCUUGAAGCAUAAAAUUGAUGAACAGAUGUUUCCUUGUCGAUUCAUUAAAAUAGUUCCACUCUUAUCCUGGGGACCCAGCUUUAACUUUAGCAUCUGGUAUGUUGAACUUAGUGGCAUUGAUGAUCCCGAUGUAGUACAACCCUGUCUCAACUGGUAUAGCAAGUACCGUGAACAGGAAGCCAUUCGCCUUUGCCUAAAACACUUCAGACAACACAACUAUACAGAGGCCUUUGAAUCGCUGCAAAAGAAAACCAAGAUUGCCCUGGAACAUCCCAUGUUAACGGAUCUGCAUGAUAAAUUGGUGUUGAAGGGUGAUUUUGAUGCUUGUGAGGAAUUGAUUGAAAAAGCUGUAAAUGAUGGCUUGUUCAAUCAGUAUAUCAGUCAACAGGAGUAUAAGCCACGAUGGAGUCAAAUCAUUCCCAAAAGCAGCAAAGGUGAUGGAGAAGAUAACCGACCAGGAAUGAGAGGGGGCCAUCAGAUGGUUAUUGAUGUUCAAACAGAGACUGUUUAUUUGUUUGGUGGCUGGGAUGGAACACAAGAUCUUGCUGACUUCUGGGCGUACAGCGUGAAGGACAACCAGUGGACAUGUAUCUCUAGAGACACUGAGAAAGAGAAUGGUCCUAGUGCCAGAUCAUGUCAUAAAAUGUGCAUUGACAUUCAAAGAAGGCAAAUCUACACAUUGGGGCGUUAUUUGGAUUCUUCUGUGAGGAACAGCAAAUCUCUGAAAAGUGACUUCUAUCGUUAUGACAUUGACACAAACACAUGGAUGUUGCUCAGUGAGGAUACUGCUGCUGAUGGAGGGCCAAAAUUGGUGUUUGAUCAUCAGAUGUGUAUGGACUCAGAAAAACAUAUGAUCUACACCUUUGGUGGUAGAAUUUUGACAUGUAAUGGCAGCGUAGAUGACAGCAGAGCCAGUGAACCACAAUUCAGUGGAUUAUUUGCUUUCAACUGUCAGUGUCAAACCUGGAAACUUCUUCGAGAGGACUCCUGUAAUGCUGGGCCUGAGGACAUCCAGUCUCGGAUAGGACACUGCAUGCUGUUUCACUCAAAAAAUCGUUGCUUAUAUGUAUUUGGUGGCCAGCGGUCGAAGACCUAUUUGAAUGAUUUCUUUAGUUAUGAUGUGGACUCUGAUCAUGUAGACAUAAUAUCAGAUGGCACCAAGAAAGACUCUGGAAUGGUUCCAAUGACAGGAUUCACACAGAGAGCAACCAUUGAUCCAGAACUGAAUGAAAUACAUGUCUUAUCUGGACUCAGCAAAGACAAGGAAAAGAGGGAAGAGAAUGUCAGAAAUUCAUUCUGGAUUUAUGACAUUGUGAGGAAUAGUUGGUCUUGUGUCUAUAAGAAUGAUCAAGCUGCAAAGGAUAAUCCAAGUAAAAGUCUUCAGGAGGAAGAACCAUGUCCACGAUUUGCCCAUCAGCUUGUAUAUGAUGAGUUACACAAGGUUCAUUAUUUAUUUGGUGGGAAUCCAGGAAAAUCUUGCUCUCCAAAGAUGAGAUUAGAUGACUUCUGGUCACUGAAGUUGUGUAGGCCUUCAAAAGAUUACUUACUGAGGCAUUGCAAGUACCUCAUAAGAAAACACAGGUUUGAAGAAAAGGCCCAAAUGGAUCCCCUUAGUGCUCUGAAAUAUUUACAAAAUGAUCUUUAUAUAACUGUGGAUCAUUCAGACCCAGAAGAAACAAAAGAGUUUCAGCUCCUAGCUUCAGCUCUCUUCAGAUCUGGUUCCGAUUUUACAGCUCUAGGUGAACCAUACCUCAAAGGAAAAAACAGAGAUAUAUAAUUCUGGCGUUUUUCACUGGCAUGGGAAAAAAUAGCAGUGUUCCUUGGGGUCUUGCCCUUUCUUUUUCCAUAAUGAGUAAUUGAGCCUUCUCUACUGAUCUAAGCAAUGCCAGUCCUGAGUUCUAAUUCCAGAAUAUGUAGGAUUCUACAGGGCAAGACUGAGUUGGACUGCUAUAAAACAUAACUCCAAUAGGUUCUCCUAAAAAUUUAGGUAAUUGUUCACCACUAUUCCAUACACUUGAGGGCUUUUAAAAAAUGUUUUUAGGCUGUUAAAAAGUCUCAACCCUGUGAUGGAGAAUCUAGGUAUAAGCAUUAUUUUAGAAAGUUUAUACCCUUUUGAAUUUUAUCAUUUGAAACAGAGAUCUGGUUAUACGUGAAUUAGAAGCUUGGCACAUAGAUAUUCAGUUUGAAUGAAUGUGUGCCUUGUUAUGUAUGGACACCACAGCUCAGAGCCAUUAUUUUUAUUUUAUUGGUAGGCAGCACUAAAAUGUCUCUGGCUGACAUAUAUUUAGCCUUUAGAGCAAGAAUUUCUUGGCAAUCAUUUAAAUAUGUUAGGCUGGUAUCAGCAAAUAUUCUAACUUUAGCUUAACUCCUUUCUUCUGUCUCUGCCCUAUUCACUGUAAGCUAACAUAUUUUGUCAGGAGCAAUUUGUUUUACUUGAAUUCUAAACAAACCUCAGAUACACUGAAAACAAUAGAAAAAAAAUACAAAAAGGGAAAAUUCCUAUAGGAUUUUAUUUCCUACGUGGAAGGGAGGCAGUAUGUUUCGUAAUUAAGAGAUGAGAGUGUGGUGGUUGAGUCAGAAUCUAGGUUCAGAUACCAGCUCUGCCACUUGCUAAUUUUAGAAGUGACUUUGAGCAAGUCACCUUUCUAAUCAUUAAGGUAAUGAGAGUACUACCUCAAGUUAAGAGAAUUAAAUGAAAUAAUUAUGGAGAGCAGCACAAUAAAACACUUAGUCAGUGCUCCAUUCAAGGUACUAUUACUAUCACCUCCCUUAAAAAUGUAAUCGUCUUUGUAACAUUGGUGAAUUUGGAUGAGGAGCAAAUUCAGGUUGUAUGCUAAUUUUAAUAAGUAGAAAUUUGAUAUGUUAUUUAUAAACAAAAAGUACUUUUCAUAAGGUUUCAUGCUUAUGUACAGUUCCUGGUUCUUGUUCUCAUUCAUUUUCUAUCAGAUUGUUUUACCUUUACUCUACUUAGAAUUGACAUCAAAUAGGUUUGGGCCGGCUUAGCGGUUAAGUGCGUAUGCUCCGCUACUGGCGCCCGGGUUCGGAUCCUGGGUGCGCACCGACGCGUCGCUUGUCCGGCCAUGCUGAGGCCGCGUCCCACAUACAGCAACUAGAAGGAUGUGCAGCUGUGACAUACAACUAUCUACUGGGGCUUUGGGGAGAAAAAGGGGCAAAAAAAAAUGAGGAGGAUUGGCGAUAGAUGUUAGCUCAGGGCCGGUCUUCCUCAGCAAAAAAAAAAAAGAGAAAAAGAAAUCAAAUAGGUUAUUUAAUGUGUAGGUGUAUACGUCUUACAUGUAUAGAUAAACUGAAUAUUUCGUUUUCUAAAUUCUCUCCCCAAAAUUUUGCCUCAGCCAAACUUUCUAAUUCCCUUCAGAAUUAAUCCAGUUUAUGUUAACUUCUUAGUGAGAAUUAAAGUAUUUACUAAUGUUAUAUGUAAUUUAAAGAGUUAGAAAGAUAGAAAGUGAUUUACAAAUAGCUGGCAUUAUCUUAGUUUUGAAAAAUGACUGACUUCAAAGAAAAAUAACCUCUGCCUCUGGGCAUCUUUGGCUUAGAGCUGUUGGUGGCUGUGGGUUUUUUUAAGCUUGAACUCAGACAUUUUGCUAAUUUUAAGAGCAUAUUUUCGGCAAGGUAUGUGACAAGUAGGAAAAAUCUGGUCUAUAGUGCGUAUUGCCUAUUUUUGGUCGCAUACCUCUCUUUAGAAGUUUACAGUCCAAAUGUGAUAUGCAGGUAUCAGUUCAGACAAAUUUUUAAAAUAUUUUAUGUCUAAAGUCCAGUGUUUUGUGGCACUGUGUUGACAUUUGUGAAUGAGCCUUAGGAAUUUCACAGCAUUUACUAUGCCCUGUUAGCCUUUAUACUUUUGCUAUAUCCAUGAAACUUAGAUUUCAACAAGAUACUUUCUUCAGCCUCCUGUCUGUAGCCCAUGUGUUUACAGGUGCUUUUUGUAAAAUAAUAAGUUUAUUAUUAGAAAUAAGAAGUAUAAAUAAAGAAACUUAUGUCUAGGAGAAAAAUGAGAAGUCUUGUUAUUUCUUCUUUACCAUAAAUAGGAAAAGCUACCUAGUCUAUUUAGGAUGUUACCUUAAAAGUAUAUUUCCAAUAAGUCACUUUCUUUUUAGAGCAGUCAUUGUCUUCAGUCGUAAUAGUAGUGAUAGCUAAAAUUUAUUAAGCACUUAUUAUGGGGCCAGGAACUAUUCUAAGCACUUUACAUGUCAUAACUCAUUUAAUCUCCAUAAUAAAGUAGCUAAUGUUCUGAACCACUUUUAUAAAUGAAGAUUCUGGGACACAGAGAGGCUAAAGUAACUUACUUGCCCAGGAAUAGUGCUUAGUGAGUGGCAAAACCAGGAUUUAAGCCUUAGUAGUAUGGCUUCAGAGCUCAUUCUCUAAACCACCAACUAUACAACCUCUCAUUGAGCUUUACCACUUUCCACUGCUCUGGGUGAUAAGUUCCUCAUUCCACUGUAUGGUGAAAAUGAAGUGAGAGAAACUGAUUAGGAGCAUGAGAUUUAGAAUCAAUACAACCUUUUUUGUCCUAGCUCUACCAUUUAAGUAGUCAUGUUACUGUUGAUGAGUUUCCUAGUGCCCCACCCCUUUUUAAUGUACUUUUUAAAAAACAUUGACUACAAGGAAAGCUUAAGAUUCUCCUUAAACAACUUCCCUUAAUCUCUGUCCCCUCCCCUCAAGUGUAAUCACCCAUAUCUGGCAGAUCUUUACACACACACACACACACACACACACACACACACAC